CACAGUUCCUGUAAGCACCAACUUCAAACAGCCCUGGCUUUCUGGCUUACCACAUCUCACUUUAGGGGAGCAGAGGCAAAGAGCUACUCCUGAGGGGUUCUGCAGCAACUCUGCAAGCUUCUUGUACCUUUGCAGGCUCUGAACUACCAAGAUGCUGCUUCUUUCCCUGGUCACUGGGGUUGCCCUGUUUGCCUCUGGUGUCAUGACAGACAAAGAACCUGAUGCAAGCCAAGAGUCAUUUCAUGACGUACAGAAGAAAGUGAACGAUCUCUGGCAGAGUUUGCUCUAUCCAGUACUGCCUGGUAAUGAGACUGAUGGGAUGAUUUAUGCUACUUGUGAAAUGAAGCCCAGCUCCAAAAUAGAUGCUGACAAGCCACAAGUGACUGGACAAGUCUUAUUCAGACAGUAUUACUCAUAUGGAAGAUUAGAAGCCAUUUUUUACUUGGAUGGGUUUCCAUUGGAUAACAAUCAAUCUGGUAGAGCUAUACACAUCCAUGAGCUUGGGGAUCUCAGCAAUGGCUGUGAUUCUACAGGAGGACACUAUAACCCUUUCAGAGUGAAUCACCCCCGUCACCCAGGAGAUUUUGGCAACUUUUCUCCUAAGGAAGGCAAAAUCAGAAAAUACAAAACAAAUCUCUCUGCCACUAUGUUUGGUCCGUAUUCCAUCAUGGGCAGAUCAGUUGUGAUCCAUGAGCAGGAGGAUGACAUGGGCAAGGGCAACAAUAAAGCCAGUUUGGAAAAUGGAAAUGCUGGGAAACGUCUGGCUUGCUGUGUCAUUGGGAUGUGCAACAAGAACCUGUGGGAGGAAAAAGUAACUGAGGUUACAGACAAGAAGAAGAGAGGGCUCAACAAACGAAUGCAGAACCAGGCUUAAGUGAAGACCAACAAGGUGGCCAUGGCCUUGGCAGCACAGAGUACCUUAAGCUGUGCCACAGGCCACGAAGAUACACACCUGAAGAAUUGUAAUUUCCAUUUGCUUUCUCUUCUAAUAAAUGCAUAUCACAAUGUAGAGCCUUCUUUCUGUAAGCCCAUCAAUAAAAAGCAGCAUCAACUCAA